CCUCUCUCUUUCGCUUCAGCUGAACCUUAUAAAUAGGCCCGGUUUUUAAUUGCUCCGGCAGCUUCCUCUACCUCUCUCAAUUUCUUCACGUAACAAAGAGAAGAUGGCGCUUUUAUCAGUCCCUGCAUUUCUAAUACCAUCCAUCAAACUGACCUCUCACUCCGGCAAUCAACCAAACCAAGCUGUGCUUUCCUCCCUCUCGGUGCGACUCCUCAAGCAGCAAAGCAGCAUCUGCAGAGAUGGUGGAAGAAGAAGGGUAGCCUUCAGGCAUGUUGCUUGUGCAUCGGCUGAAGGCGUCGCCGCCCAGGCUUUGGCCGGAGACGAGGCCUUUCGGCCAUUUGAGGAGGUACAGAGGAAUGAGCUCUACGUUGUUCCUACCUCUCCCCAUUGCUCACUUGCUCGCCAUUUGUACGCCGACGAGUGCGAAGCCGCCGUUAACGAGCAAGUCAAUGUUGAGUACAAUGUAUCCUAUGCUUAUCACGCCAUGUUCGCGUAUUUCGAUCGGGAUAAUGUGGCCCUCAAGGGGGUGGCCAAUUUUUUCAAGAGGUCAAGUGUCCAGGAGAGGGUGCAUGCUGAGAAAUUCAUGAUAUACCAGAAUAAGCGUGGGGGGAAGGUGAAAUUGAAUGCCAUCGUGAUGCCACCAAUGGAAUUUGAUCACCAAGAGAAAGGGGAUGCUUUAUAUGCCAUGGAACUUGCACUUUCUCUUGAGAAGUUGACUAAUGAGAAGCUUCUUAAACUUCACGAUGUAGCGGCGCGAAACAAUGACAAAGAAUUGGCUGAAUUUGUUGAAAGUGAGUUUUUGAGUGAACAGGUUGAGGCGAUUAAGAAGAUAUCAGAGAUCGUGGCUCAGCUUAGAAUGGUUGGCAAAGGACAUGGUGUUUGGCAUUUUGACCAGAUGCUUCUCCAUCAAAUGGGGGCUGCCCAUUGAUUUGGGCUAACCCAACAGUAACAAGAAGGCUACCUUUCGUUUCCUGUCUGCGCAGUGUAGAUAGAAA